AAAGGGAAAAUUCCUUCAGUUCCCCCGACAGCCCCUCCGAGCCUGGACGUCCCCUCCUCGCCCUCCAAAAUGACCUCGCCGAAAGUGCCCCAAAUACCCAAGCUCCUCGACCAGACCUGUCUUAGGGCCUUCCUGAACAGCUUUGACAAUGUGCUGACGGACUGUGAUGGUGUCUUGUGGAGUGGAGAUAACAUCAUUGGACGGGCAAAUGAUGCACUGAACAAGCUGAGAUCUCUUGGGAAGAAGAUCUUCUAUGUUACCAACAACUCAACAAAAUCCCGCGAUGAGUAUGUCAAGAAGUGCGAAAGGCUUGGCUUUAUUGCGAGUAAGGAAGAAAUUGUCAGUUCGUCCUUUGUGAUGGCUCAGUACCUAAAGCAGCAAGGUUUUAACAAGAAGGUGUAUGUGGUUGGAACUUCUGGAAUGACUGCAGAGCUAGAUAAUGUUGGUAUUGCACACACCGACAUCGGGCCAGAACCACUCACCGUCAGUCCCUUCAAGCUGCCUGAGACCAUGGAGUUAGACCCAGAGGUUGGAGCUGUGGCUGUGGGCUUUGACGCGGAUAUCAGCUUCCCCAAGAUUAUGAGAGCUGCAUCGCAUCUUGAAGACCAAGAAUGUCUUUUCGUCGCUACCAAUACAGACGAGCGAUUCCCAAUUUCUGACAGCAAACUUGUAUUUCCAGGCACAGGAAGUAUUGUGCGCUGCGUUGAAACAGUUGCUGAGCGUCCUCCGUUGAUCAUGGGUAAACCCUCAGAGAAGAUGUUCACUGUAAUAAGUGAGAAAUACCAGCUCAAGCCUUCACGCACGCUCAUGAUAGGUGAUCGCUGUAAUACUGACAUUCUAUUUGGCAAGAACUGUGGCCUGCAUACAUUGGUGGUGUUGACAGGAGUGACCAAGAAAGAGGACUUGGAAUCAUGGGCAAAGAGUUCUGAUGAAGAGAAGCACCGGCUCUUGGCUGAUUAUUGCUUACCUCAGCUUGGUGACCUGGUCGACCUGUUGAAAACCAUGGAAUGAUGGAAUAAUGUCUUAGGAAGUCUGUGAAUGAGCAUUGAAGCUUGUCAAUGGCAGUUUCUGCAUUUUAUUUUAUCUGUAUGUGAAUACAUUGUAUUCCUCAUCUCAGAAGGUUUAAAAAUGUAUAAGUCUACUUAAAUUAUCAGUCUUUCAAAGGUAUUACUUACUCAGUUCUAAGUGUAUUUUAUUCAUAAAAUAAAAAUAUAGAGUACAUGAACUAGUGAAAUGUUUGGUUUCUUUACAGACUCUCUCUUGUAUUCUAAGUCAAUAAUAGUUUCCAUUUUUAUAGAUGUGGUCUUUUUAUUUUGCACUAUAUUCUUUUUUAAUUUUGAUAUGAAUUAGAUUUUCUGAAAAUUAUAGAAUAACUUCAAGUGAUUUAAGAUUAUACAAGUAUCAAUGAUUAUGUUAAUAGGUAGUUAUAAUGUAAAGAAGUUAUCAUAAAAAUGUUUCUUAAACUAAUUAUGUGCAGUGGAGAAAUAUAUUUUCAAAACAACAUGGAAUAAACUAAGUAUGUGCAGACCUAGAGAAAUAUAUAGUUAGAACUACAUGGAAUAAAAUGUCACAGACAUCUUUAAAAAGACAAAGUGCAAUAUAAAUAUAUUAUUAUCAGGUAA